GGAGAAUGAUACGUGAAAACAAAGAAGAUAAAAAAAAACCAGACGUUCCAUUUAAUGUUAUUUAUUCGUGUGACUUUUGGGAAUUUCACCGAACGCUCGUCGAAUUAUACUCUUUCACGUUGAUCAAAAUUCUAAAGACAGUCCUCCUUAACAAUAAAGAAAUUUUUAACAAAGAACCUAAGAUCAAUGCCCGGGAUUUGUAUCACGUACUAGAUAAGAUGCAUGAAGCUGCUGAUAAUGAACAAGCGCAUGACUCAAAGAUCCAAGUGAAUCACUUGAUUCGAUUCCUUGAACAAGAAUAUGAUCAGGUGACAAAAACUCGAGAAAGGAUGAAGAUGAGUAAAAAAGUUUCGUUUGACAUGUUGUGGGUAUUCUAUACUGCCAAUCAAGAAGUAUGGUG